CUCGCCGUCCCCAGCAUGGCGUGAGUUACCAUGGUAGCCGGGACGUGGGCUGCUAUUGGUGGCGCUGGAAAGCGGAAGUCGUGUAGACACGUGACGGGAGCGCAAGGUGGCGGUGCUGUGAUAACAGGACUCUUCAGUACUUGAAAUAAUGUCCACAGGGGCAGAGGCACCCACAGGUGACAGCACCCAGAAUUCUGCCCUGGAACGCUGCUUGGAAGUUCUAAGAGCAGCAAAGAAUGACAGUGAGCAGUUUGCUGCUUUGCUUCUGGUAACAAAGUGUGCACGAGCUCUGAAUGAUGAGACACGUCACAGGAUAUUUGAUGCCAUUGGUUUCUCUUUCCCAAAUCGCCUUCUCUUUUCAAAGACUACACCCGACGGAUGCCCCGACUACCUGUUUCGAAGCCUUGGGUUGACUCUUUUGGCCUGUUUCUGCACAGACCCAGCUCUUGCAUCACAUCCUCAGGUUAUCAAUAAAAUUCCAAUUCUGAAUGAAACUCUGAAUAUCCAGUGUCAGGAAGACUCUACCGUAGAGGAUGCCUACCAGUGUCUUGUAGGAAUCCUCGCCUCUCCUGAGGGGGCAAAGCAGUUGGUGUCUGGUGGCACUGUAUCUUCUCUGUGUGAAGCUUAUGUGAAGCAGAAUCAUGGAUGGACAAAUGCCCUCCAAAUACUUACAUCAUUACUCACCUCACUGCCAGAUAUGUGUUGGAAGAAAAGCCGCAAUGAACUUCAGUGUUUGCUGGUUAAUCUUAGUGAAAACUUUGAUAAUGAAGGUGACAGCCAUAAAUUCCACUUAGCAGAAAUCCUUCCUGUGUUCCUGCCUCCUUCACCGAUUUUGACUGAGACAUCUUGGGGAGCAAACUGCCUAAGACAUCUGUCAAGAGGUUUACUUCAAAUCUUCAGCAGUAAGCUGAGCAUUGCCCAGAGAGACACUGCAUUUAAGCUUGCGGCAUGCCUUUCAAAUGUCUAUGGAUCAUCUUGGAUCAUGGUUGAUGGCAGAGGAGAAAAAGGAAAAUUCUUGUCGCUUUUGGUGAACUUGGCAUGUGUGGAGGUGAGGAUGGCACUAGAAGACCCUAUGCCACUGGAUUCAAGACAAGCUACCGCUACAGCCUGUUAUUUCUUGGUUGAGAUGGGUAUUCAAGAAUGCACAAAAGAGGAGGGACACCCAGUGCUUAGAGAAGAGCAGAAGUUGCAGCUUCUCCAAGUGAUGCAGGAGGCUUGUGCCGCAGUUAUAUACUAUUUGCAUCAGAAGGGUUGGGAGAAAAUGGAGGAUCCUUUUGUCCUGGCUUCAGUCCGGUUGCUUGGAGCCUGGCUUGCAGAAGAAACAUCCUGUUUUAGGCCGGAGGUCAUCCAGCUGUUGCCUUUCCUUGUCCAUUACAUGAGAACAUGGUUUCAGCGAGGAGUUACCUGCAGGAACCAACUCAAGGAAGUAUCUCAGAUGGCAUUACUGAGCAGCAGCUGGGGAGCGGUGUGGCCUGGAGAUGCUAUAAGGUUCCUGCUUCCUGCUCUGUGCCAUUUAAGUGCUGAAGAUGCUCCACGGAAAAUCCUAAUAUCUGAAGGAGUUCCUGCCCUGCUCUGUGAAUACUACCAUCUGAAGUGGGAGAUGUUCUCGUCUGAGGAAGGGAUAACUGCAGAAGGAAAAUAUGAGGUCCAACUGAGCCUACAGAGCUGCUGUGGGGUCUUCCUUAAUCUAGUGGUGACAGAGCCAGCUCUUGCUUGUCAGGAAAGCUGCUUUGUGACCCUUCUGAAACUAUUUAUGCGGUCUCUUCCUGAGCAACUAACAAAGGAAGGCCAACUGAUUCUGGUGGCGAACAUUUCCACUCUGGGUCUGAUGAUGAGCCGGUUACUUGCUUCGUCUCAAGUUCUUCAAGAAAGUUUCUCCCAAGAUUUCUUUUUGGCGGUUAUUAAGUUCUUGAGCCGUUGCCAUGUUGUGUCCAGUGAACGCGAUGAAGGAAAACCUCAAAUUGCCCUCAAUGAUGGCUAUGCUGAGGCUUGGGCAGACAUUUCUGAAUUGUGGUUCCUGGGGGUACAAGCAUUCUCUGCCUGCCUUCCUCUGCUGCCCUGGUUGUCUUCUCUAGUGCUUACAUCUGGCUGGAUACAAGACAUACUGUGCUUAUUAGAUAAGGUCUCACCAGGAUCAGUAAACCUAGAGCUAGUCACUGUACUACAGGGCCUUCUCACACAGCUUGCUCAGAUCAGCGGCCCCUGCCGGGAGCUUAUCAACCAUCAUGGUGGUGUAGAGAAGGCUAAUAUAUAUGGCAUGGCCGCCCUGGAACAGUGCUUGUCUGAAAUGAGCUGAACAGUCACUUUUCAUUCUUGGUUCUCAAAUGUAAGAUUUUCAGAAAGACAUUUGAAAAGCACUUAGAUUUUCAUUCCAGUAAAUAAUGCAUAGGUCAAUUACUUUUCAUUAUAUUAAAGGGGGGAUUUUGGGUAUAGAGCUGAGGACAUGGGUUGCUAGAUGGCCGCUAGCAC